AUGGGUAUCUGCGGUUGUAAGACACAAAAAAAGAAUGUACAAGCUAAAUAAGGGAGCCUACCAAAAUAAAUGUAACAAUAACAAUCAGUUUCUUUAAUUUAAUAAAACUAAUAAAUUACAGAAACAGCACAAGCAGGAAAUAAGGUUGAAUUUAGAGAACAAGAUCUUCAAAAAGAACCUGCUAAAGUUCAAGAAACUUAAGCUAUAAAUCAAAAUCCAGAAAUAUAAUAAUUUAAUGAUGAAAUCUUCGUAAAUGAUAUAAUGAAGUCAUUUGAUGAAUUAAAUCAACUAUUUAAUCAAAUGGCAUAAGAAUUUGAUUCAAUAUCAUAGUACUUAUAAUCAAUGUCUGGAUAUCAAGAGUGA